AUGCGGUGGUGGCACACAUCAUGCACCGCCAACGAUGGACCUGUUCCAGAUGAUGAUGAUGUGAGCAAGUCUCUCAAGGGACGCAUUGCCAUGCCGCAGACCCACCAUCUCACGGGUCCGAUUGCCGGCUCGGGUGACUUGGCGCCCGACACGCCUGUGUUAUCAACAUGGUGUGCAUCUGGCGAGAAUGGGAUAGCCGCCAGUGUGGGGAAACCACUCACAGAGCCGGGCCGCACGUCACGCCUGCGCGCAGCAAUGCACUCCGGGGACGCAGCCAACGUACGCAGCAGCGAGGACUAA